GAUCCAUAAAUCGAGAAAAAUGAGUGUUCCAUCGAAUGCACGUACUCUACUUGGAAAGCAGCCAGCAAGGAUUUUACUGGUGGACAGCAAUGCUUUCCUCAAAGAUUCUGAUGUCGUAGACAAUUUGAUAGAGGUUAUGGAUAAUUUCUUCUCCAUUGCUUGUAACCUUGGAGGUCCAUCAAGAAUGCCCUUGUUUGGAUUGAUGACCUUUUCGUCUUACCCAGAAAUUUUAUUACCUCUGUCGCAUGUAAAGAGUAAUUAUGCCAGAAUACAAAAUGCGAUACAAGACUUAAAAUCCGCUUUGAAAAGCAGAAAUAUGGAGUCGGAGACGGAAGGCAUUGUCACAAGAUCUAUUGAAGAAGCUUGCAAGCAGUUUAAAAGACAAAUGUUGCUGAGUAGUUUUCAGGUACGAGGAGUUCUUCAACAAGUCGAAAUAAUCUUGUUGACUGACGGACAAUCUAAAUCAAUGCAGUAUCAGAUUGAAGAAGCCUUGGAAAACAGCGACCCCGCCAAUUUAAAGAAAAUACAGAUGGUGAUUAUUGACUCUUGGCUAAAAUAUUUCGGAGAAACAAAUGUGAACCUUAGUCAGGGCAGUGGUUUUUCCUAUAAUGGGACAGCUAGCGGAUUAGUGGAUGUGCUUCGUGUUGAUGGAGAUAGUCAGAGUCUGCAGAAUCUUUUCAAUGCAUGGCUUUUGGAUACCAACACAGACAAUGAACAUCUACAUUUGAUUUUACCUGGAGAAUCUUCUACUGAAAAUAAGAAUUUAACCAUCAAAUGUGAUCUACAGGAAAGGGUGUUGAAUCCUGCACAGCUUCCGUUCUAUGAACAAUUUACAGUGCAUUCGGAAUCUGCUAGUAUGAAAACAUUUCCAACUCCAAGCAAAGCUUCAGGGAUAUGCAUACCAGUUCAUAGGAUCGUUAUUACCGAUAUGAUUCCUUUACAGAAUGUCUGUGAAUCCAUAAUAUUUGGAGUGCCUAUGAUUGUUCAAGCAACUAGCUGCUGGAAAUUAGAAUGGGAAGAAUUGGAGAAAAACCAACAACAAUUCAAAGCCCUUUGCUACCUACUAAUGGAAAAGGAAAUGGCUAUGAUAGGAAAAAUGAAGACACAGGGCAAUCAUCAAAGUGGAAACAGAAGAAUGGGUAGAGCCCUUCAGUCUGGGCCGGCUAUGGAAGAGAAACCCUGUGGUUGGUAUGUGUUCUUACCAGCACCAAAUGGAACUCUUCUUGUAAAGGGAAUCGCUGCCAAAGAACUACUCCUACCUCAUACUGGGACCUUAGGCAUGGAAGACAUCUCAGACGAUGCAUUGGAGGACAUAAACACAUGUUUUAAAAAGCUACCAGUUCUGGAGAAUUUCAACCCUUUCCAUCGACCAUCCGGAUUGUACGACUGUUUGAAGACAAAAUAUGGACGGCAUGAAGAAAAACAUACGAAGCACAAGUUCAAUCUUAACGAUGACAUGAGUAUCUCUCCUUCUAAACAACCCUGUCCUGGAGUUACAGUAAGAUUAGACAACACAGGUCGGCGAACCUCGUCAAUGAGAGGACGAACCAACAAAAAACUACCACCUCUUCCCGUGAAAGUCGGUCAUCUAAAUCCAGUCACAGAAUUCCCACAAGAACUGUAAAGUUUGCCAAGAAAAAUCCCGUGUACCAGAUACCGUGUGACUGUGGUGAUGUGAGUGUACACGCGACGCCAUGGAGAAUUCAACUGGACGAAUAUCUAGGAAUAGCUGGUAUAAUGCAUGGAGAACUCUCUGUAAGGGCUGUUUAUCAUAUUGAAGAUAUUAUUUAUCGUUUUGUCAAUAUUGAGAAUAGUCCAAUCAAUUUCACCUCCAGGCAGCACCCCAAGUACAUGUAAAUCGCCCUUUGAUUAUAGCACUGUAGUUUGAAUGCAUUACGCUAAAACAUAUAAAUGAAAUUGACAACAGCCAUGUCCGACCCUGAUUUCAAUCAUUAUUUUCUUGUUCUUAAAUUCAGUAGUUUUUGCAAUUGUUGAAGUACAAUGUAUUGUGAAACAGAAAUAAAGAUUACUUCCCUCCAAACUUACUCUCCUAUUUGAAUACAACGUCAUAGAAUCUGUGACGUUUACAUUUCCUUCAAAAAUUUGAUCGUGCCUGACGCU